AUGCGCCACCUCCUGCGUGAGGUGAAGCUCCCCUUCAUGGAUGUGCACCUCAUAGAGACGUACCUGUUCCACCUCGCGCGGAGCACGCCCCCUACGGAAUCCAUCGGCAAAGAAGCCACCUCCGAUGUGCCCGUAUCGGGGGGCCGGGCACGCCCGGAACCUGGUAUCUGCCCUGAAGCCACACGACCGCCUCCGCCCACACUGCCAGGGGUCGGGCCGAAAAGCACUACCGCGGCAAGGCCUGUCGCCGUGGCAACCAUCUCCCGCGCACCUAGGCCCGAGGUGGCCGAGGGAUCAAAAGCAGAGCUCUACUCUGGCUUCAAGGCGUCUACGUGGGACAGCGAGAGACACCAAGACGGACACACCGACAACGCGGCAGCUGGUAGAACACCACCGCGGUGGGGGUCGAAGCGGAUAGCCGAUGAUGACUGCUUCGCAACUGCACAAGCAGAUCGGCACGCGAAGGCCCUUGGCCCCUGUCCGUCUACCACAGACCCCCCCAACACCAUCGACAAGGUCGACGUCAUGAACUGCGCACAGGCAGAGGAAGACCAUCCCCGUCCACCACCGCGUCCACCACGGCCCCCGCGCUGUGACGAGCGGCCGCAGCCGUCGUCACAUACCGCUGCGGUCAGCCGCAGCACCCCCGCAGAAAGUUGCGCGCAGCAGCAGCAGCACAUGCCGGCACCUUUUCCGCUCUCCCUGCUGGGUAUGAUGGAGCGUGUGUUGAGGGGGUACAAGGCAGCACUCGCUGUCGCGCUACGUGCUGUCAUGCAUCGAGAGGCGGUGUGGACGGCGCUCCAGCAGUUUCUGAACGUGGUGCGCUCGGACUGGGCGCCGUUAGCGGCUCAUGUAUCAGAGGUGGCUGCGCCUGUCGCGUCACGGGAACAUGGUAAAUCGAAUAGGGCUGCGAAGGGGACGCUCGGCUCCUCUGGUAUCUCGGAGGCCCUGCCGAGGGUACGUUCGCCGCGUGAUGGUGUGGGCAGCUCCGGCGAUAUGGCCGUCGGCGCUUGCCGAUCGGAGGCGCUCGUGUCUCCGCCCUACACGGCACAUGGAAUGAGCUCGUCGGCCAGCAUGGCAGAGAGCGAUGGUGGCAACCCGAAGCGUGGCCCAACGCCGGAAAAGCAGGCGCCCUUGCACACAUCGUCCGACCGAACCGGAACAGUCGUCGACGGGGAGACCACGCGAAGCAGCAGCGCCACAUUGCUCAAGAGCACCGUCCCGCCUGCUGAGAGCGCUGCUCGCCAUGAGGACACCGGUGUGCGCACAACCAGCUGUGAGAGCGAAGGGCACGCCGACAUUCGCGCGCAACCACCCGAGGCUACCGGCGGUGCAGAGAAAGGCCGCCAUCCGCGUGGGCAGCAGUGCCCAUCGCUGCGCCUCUCUGUUGAGUCCCUCCGACAGACAUCUGCGCAGUUCGCCGGUGGAGCCGCGAACGAAGCAGCGUCGUUGGACGGCUCUCUACCGUGCAAGGCUCAGCCACCGCCACCGAGGACUGCACCACGACUGCUUAGCGUCCCUAUCUCCACGCCGCCAUCUAGAGCGAGUGCUGCGAGGGAUGCCGCUAGCGCGCUUGCGCCGGCUCGCGCGCGCUCGGUGGCCGCCCAAAGCCGUAGGACUCUUGACCGUGCAGACCCGCUCCGCUCAUCUGGAGCAGGGGGGGCCGUGCAUAGCACUGCCGCGCAGCGAACGCUCGCCCUUCGCCAUGCGUUUCUAGCAUUGCCUAGCAAACAGCAGGCCUGUCGUGCGCAUCAAUCUACCACGCCCGCUGAUGGGACUCGCCGCCGCUCUCACUCGGCGCCGUGCGUGACAGAGGCCGCGUUUUACUCCCCUUCUCCGCCGUGUGAUUCCUCGUUUUUCGUGACACCGCGCGCGCGGAUAAUGGCCAGGCACGGGGCCGAGGCAGGCGGUGUCCCUUUGCGUACAAGGCGAUUAGUGCUCCACCCCGGCGAUUCCGUGUCGCCGAUGACGGCGCGGGUGUAUCGUCCGCUGCACGCGUCGUCUGCGUCGUCGGCUCCGUGGCGGCAGGAGCUGCACGAUGCGUCUCAGGUGACUCGUCGAGCAGGAAGUGAGCGUACCGCGCGGCCACACAGCGGUCUUGUGCCGUCUCUCGGCAUGCGCCUGCACGCGGUCUCCCGACAGGUGUACGCGGACUGCCUCUAUCACUACCUCUAUUACCUCCAGCGUACCACCCUCGCCGUAGUGGAGGCCGUCGAUGAACUGCGGCGUCACCACCUCUCGCACGCUGCUCCGUUCGUAGUCGAGCGCCGCAACUACCUCCUCGAGGUGCUGAUGCAGACAUCGGUGCUGGCAUGUGACGCGGCGGUGCAGUGGCUGAUGCAUGAGAGCACCCUCGAGAGCGAUGGUGAUUUGACGGGUGGAGGCGAUCAGCGCCCUGUCGCUGGCCAGCCCAGCGACUUGACCAGCGACGCGGCGUACUGCUCGACGCUGCUGCCCGGAGCGGCACAACAAGCCUGCGACCAUGUCUCUGACGCGAGGCGAUGGACACCUGAGAUGCCGUGCCCCACCUCUUCUCGCCAGUGUGGUGCCGCACCCGCGCAGGAGAUUGAACCCGCAGGCGAGAGAGCCGCUCAGCGCGCCUUGCAGCGCGCUGUCGCGCGUGGUCAGUGGCCUGAACAGUUUCUGCGAGCGCCGCUGAUGAGCACCCAUGCUAGUCUCGCCCGGUAUGCGGCGACCCCACGCUUUCUUGCCCGACUGGACGAAGCUCCGAGCACCAGCCCAGGUGCGCGCCAGGAGACCACAUCACGUGCUACACAACCUGGCGACGGCGGCCGCGCUCAGAACUCGGUGCCCACGACUACUCCGCCGGCGUCAGUGUCCCUAUCGCCCUUGCGUCUGGUACUGCCGGCAGACGUGCUGGAUAUCUACGGGGGCGACGCUGCUGCACCGGAGGAUGAGCGACACGAAGCAAGGAUCGCGAGCCCCUAUUCCGUUCGCUCGGGCGCAGCGCCUUCGGCUGCCGCCCUGGGCCGGCGUCUGGAGAGCGGCGAGCACCUUUUACAUCUUGAGGUGGCAACACAGCUCGCGUAUUUGCAGACGUGCAUGCAGUGUGUGCUGCAGCACGAGUACAUGGUCUAUCUGCGCGGGAUGUCGGAGGUGCACCGGCGCUUUUACGCAGACGAGAGGGCGAUGGGGAUGCUUCGCCACGGCGCAGCGGGGCAGGUAUGUGCGACGGACUGUGAGAAGACGGGUGCCGCAGUGACGCAUGUUGGCAGUCCUGCACAGCGCGGCAGCGCUGACGUCACAAUGACGCGUGACCGCUACGACCGCGUGUCUAUCAAGGAUGAGCUCUUGCGGGCGGACUGGAUGAGGGAACUGCAGGAAUCGUGGCGACUUCUAAUGUCAGGCAGCAGCAGUGUAGCGUAG